UCGUACCUAUUAAGAAAGUGUCGCACCAAAAUAAUGACGUUUUAAGAAAACCAGGGACACUCCUCAUAAAACCUUCCGUGACAGUCCCAAUCGUCGCCCUUUUGCACCAGUGUAUGUGUUCAGUGUCGCCGCGAUGCCGGAACAGAUCUCCAACCAGCAGUCAAGUUUGUUGACCGCCGAGGAGAAUGGGCAGGUCCAAAGACUCCUGGGCAACCGUUGCCAAAGUCUCGCUACCACGGUCGUGCAAUUGUACAUGACUCAGGCGCCUCAUCAUCAUGAAUGGGUGAAGAAACAUACGGGCGUGUUGUGCUUCGUCAAGGACAACAUUAAGAAGAAUUAUUUCUUUCGACUACAUUGCUUGCUUAGAAAUGCCCAAGUGUGGGAGCAUGAAAUGUACGACAGCAUGACUUACGAAAAACAUUUCGAAUACUUGCACAUGUUCGAGGGUGAGGAUGGAGUGGUGGCGUUUAAUUUUUGUGACUAUGCAGAAGCCAAUCAGUUCUAUGCGGCAGUCAAUAAAAAAGUGGAAAUGCGCAAAAAACGUUUAGAAAGGCGGCAACAACAGCAACAACAAUCGGCUAGGUCGCAGAGUAACAACAACACUCCCAUCCAGUAUAUGAGUCGAAGAGAAUCUAAUUCUCAAAAGAAACCUUUGAAAAAAGCUAGAACUUUAACAAAGGCUGACAUUGGUACUCCUACUGAUUUUAAGCACAUUUCACAUGUGGGGUGGACAGAGGACUCAGGAUUUGAUAUUGAUACUGAGGAUGUUCAAUUGAGGACUUUCUUUGAUAAGGCAGGAGUCUCGGAGAAACAGCUUCAAGACAGGGACACAAGGGAGUUUAUUUACGACUUCAUUAACAAGCAUGGAGGCAAAGAGGCUGCUAUGGAGGCAGCUUUGCGGGGAACAAAUAACACGGCGCCCAAACGUGCUCCGAUGCCGCCCCCACAUGCAGCCGCUCCGUCGGUGCCACCGGUACCUCCACGUAUCACCCAGCAGCCCUCAGUGCGUCACGUGAGACAAGCUCCACCGCCUCCGCCAUCCCGGCCACCACCUAUACAGAGAGAAAAAAUGGAUGCAGUACCACCUCCGCCUCCACCUAUGAACAACGCCGUGCCGCCGGCACCACCUCCGCCGCCGCCACCACUCGAUUUUCCUACUGGAGAACAAAAUUCUGCGCCUCCGCCCCCGCCCAUGGUUGAUUCGAAUGCGGCCCUCAUGGCGAGCAUAAGAAAUGGAGCCACUUUAAAACCGGUAGAAGAGAGGAUUUUGCCGCCGGUGGCGCAGGUAGACGACGCACGAGGAGAUCUGCUGCGCGACAUACGAAAAGGGUGCACGUUGAAACCGGUCGCGGAGAGGGAGAUUAGUACAAAACCGAUUUCGGCGAAAUCGUCAGACGAAGGAGGUUGCGAUUUGGCCGGCGCCUUGGCUCGGGCAUUGGCCGAACGGAAAAUGGCCAUCACCAAUUCUGAAGACGAUUCUGAUGAUUCGGAGUCGAACGACGAUGAAUGGGACGAUUCGUAAAGGUUUUGGGGGGUUUUGCGGUUUGGAUUUGUUUUGUUGAUAAAUUCUCUUACAAUUAGCUUGUACAUAGUACUCACUCAAUAUUUUGUAAUUGUAUAAUCAUGAUUUCUUUAUAAUGAACAAUAUCCGUAUGAACAAAAUGUAGCAUGUAAAUACGUCUUGACAAUAACCGUAAUAUUAAUCAAUCUCAGCAUGGGAUAUAUAUAAGGGACAUAAAUAUUAAACCUAGUUAAAUUUUAUAACCACGACAGGUCCAUCAGUAAAAGCAAUACUGGUAAUUCAUUAUAGGUCGUUGUCAAUUAUUUCAGUGAAUAAAACGCAUAAAUAAUUGGGCUUCCGCAA